AUGAAAAAAUAUAUUGAAAAACACACUUGUGAUGUUUGUAUUCAAUAUGCGAAAUCACAAAAAAAUUUGGAUGAAUCUUUUUUACUUUGCUAUUUCAAAGCAUAUGGAAAUGCAGAAAAAACAAUGUUUGGCAAUUUAAUGAUGCCACAWCAUGCAUUUUAUGAUUAUAUUGAUGAUUUGGAAAACAUAUUUAUAAAUAGAUUUCCACAUGUAGCUAUUGAAAAAGAAGUAGGUGUUAAGGUAAAAUUAAGCAUGACAAAUGUUGUAUUUAGUCAUCCAUGUCCUCUAUUUAAUAAAGAGUAUUUAAUUAAUAAUUUUAUUAGAUUUAGAAUUCAUGCUGCUAUUAAAUUUUUAAGUAGGAAUUUAAUAUCAGAAAAAAAAAUAGAAAAUUAA